GUUGACGGAUAUCAGAAAUGAAGCAUUCCGCAGCGCUUUUGCUAGCCGUUGUUGGCCUUGUUAGAGGGCAGACGACGGCAUCCAUCUUCUUGCCAGGCUUCGACCCGCAACCCUUGUCCGCUAGCAUUGUUGGCUCGGACGCGUCAACAACGACCUAUGUGAUUGCCGCCAAUGGAGAUGGAAUAGGCGUAUUGACCGUCACAGAAGGCCCGUCAACGCUGGCAUAUACCACGACGGCCGGCGACGGCUCGUUCACAUUCACAGAGAAUUGUGCAAUCGGUCAGGCGAUAGCGACCUGCACAGAUGUUGCUGCAGGCACCAGCGCGAACUUUCCAGGCACCUCCAUAUAUAAUGUCCAAGUGGCAACCGCCAUGCUGCCAGUGACAAUUAUAGGUACAGGCGGGGCUGCCCAAGGAAGCUCGACGACCAGUCAGGCCACAAGUAGUAGCACAAGCUCGUCGGGAGGUGCAUCUGAAAUGACAAGUUCGCCUGCCACAACUGGCAUGUCUACGACGGCAGCAAUGUCGCAGCCUUCUGCGACACCGAGCGCGGUGAUGCAGGCAUCCUCAGCCGAUCAUCUUGCUGUGAUGGCAUCUUGCUUCCUGGCGGGAUGUCUGUCUUUGCUUGGCGGCGCAGUCUUGCUUGCGUGA